UCAUGAAAUGGCCACAGAUGAUAAGACUUCCCCAACACUGGACUCUGCUAAUGAUUUGCCUCGACCUCCUACCAGUCCUUCUCAUCUUACACACUUUAAACCUUUGACUCCUGACCAGGAUGAACCUUCUUUUAAAUCAGCAUAUAGUUCUUUUGUAAAUCUUUUUCGAUUUAACAAAGAGAGAGGAGAAGGAAGCCAAGGAGAGCACCCUUCUCCCAGUGGAAGUUGGUCCAGCCCUCAGCUCCCUUCAAGGACACAAUCAGUGAGGUCACCUGUUCCUUAUAAAAAACAGCUUAAUGAGGAACUUCAUCGACGCUCUUCAGUGUUAGAUACAAGAAGGAAAGCAGAACCUACCUUUGGAGGUCAUGAUCCUCGUACAGCUGUUCAGCUUCGAAGCCUCAGCACAGUAUUAAAACGUCUCAAAGAAAUCAUGGAGGGAAAAAGCCAGGAUAGUGAUCUGAAGCAAUACUGGAUGCCAGAUAGCCAAUGUAAAGAGUGCUAUGACUGUAGUGAAAAAUUCACAACCUUUAGGCGCAGACACCAUUGCCGACUAUGUGGGCAGAUUUUCUGCAGUCGUUGCUGUAAUCAAGAAAUCCCUGGAAAAUUUAUGGGCUAUACAGGAGACCUCCGGGCUUGUACCUAUUGUAGAAAAAUAGCCUUAAGUUACGCUCAUUCCACAGACAGUAAUUCCAUUGGGGAAGAUUUGAAUGCUCUUUCAGAUUCUGCUUGCUCUGUGUCUGUACUUGAUCCCAGUGAACCCCGAACACCUGUUGGGAGUAGAAAAGCCAGCCGUAACAUAUUCUUAGAGGAUGAUUUGGCCUGGCAAAGUUUGAUUCAUCCAGACUCCUCCAACACUGCUCUUUCAACAAGACUUGUAUCUGUUCAGGAGGAUGCUGGGAAAUCCCCCGCUCGAAAUAGAUCAGCCAGCAUUACUAACCUGUCAUUGGAUCGAUCUGGUUCUCCUAUGGUACCUUCAUAUGAGACAUCUGUCAGUCCCCAGGCUAACCGAACAUAUGUUAGGACAGAGACCACUGAGGAUGAACGCAAAAUUCUUCUGGACAGUGUUCAGUUAAAGGAUCUAUGGAAAAAAAUCUGCCAUCACAGUAGUGGAAUGGAGUUUCAGGAUCACCGGUACUGGCUGAGAACCCAUCCCAAUUGCAUUGUAGGAAAGGAAUUGGUUAACUGGCUAAUCCGAAAUGGACAUAUUGCUACCAGGGCACAAGCUAUAGCAAUUGGACAAGCAAUGGUUGAUGGACGUUGGCUGGAUUGUGUUAGUCAUCAUGACCAGCUUUUCAGGGAUGAGUAUGCACUCUACAGACCACUGCAGAGUACAGAAUUUUCUGAGACACCUUCUCCGGACAGUGACUCCGUGAACUCUGUGGAAGGACACUCUGAGCCAUCCUGGUUUAAAGACAUAAAGUUUGAUGACAGCGACACAGAACAGAUAGCUGAAGAAGGUGACGAUAAUUUGGCUAAUUCUGCCAGUCCUAGCAAGCGCACCUCAGUCAGCAGUUUCCAGUCCACAGUGGAUAGUGACUCAGCCGCGUCUAUCAGCCUGAACGUGGAGCUGGACAACGUGAACUUCCAUAUCAAGAAGCCCUCCAAGUACCCACAUGUGCCCCCUCACCCUGCUGACCAAAAAGAGUAUUUGAUUUCUGACACUGGAGGACAACAGCUCUCAAUAAGUGACGCCUUCAUCAAAGAAUCCUUAUUUAAUCGUCGGGUGGAGGAAAAAUCCAAAGAGUUGCCUUUCACACCUUUGGGCUGGCAUCAUAACAACCUGGAGCUCCUAAGGGAGGAGAAUGGGGAAAAACAAGCUAUGGAGAGAUUGCUUUCAGCUAAUCAUAACCACAUGAUGGCACUACUCCAGCAGUUGCUCCAUAGUGACUCAUUGUCACCAUCUUGGAGGGACAUCAUCGUGUCACUGGUCUGCCAGGUUGUUCAGACAGUUAGACCUGAUGUCAAGAACCAGGAUGAUGAUAUGGAUAUUCGUCAAUUUGUACACGUUAAAAAGAUCCCAGGUGGAAAGAAAUUUGAUUCUGUGGUUGUCAAUGGCUUUGUUUGUACCAAGAACAUUGCACAUAAAAAGAUGAAUUCUUGUAUUAAAAACCCCAAGAUUCUUCUGUUAAAGUGUUCCAUUGAGUAUCUCUACAGAGAAGAAACUAAGUUUACUUGCAUUGAUCCUAUUGUGCUUCAGGAAAGGGAAUUCUUGAAGAAUUAUGUCCAGCGAAUAGUUGAUGUUCGACCUACAUUAGUUCUGGUUGAGAAAACUGUGUCUCGGAUCGCCCAGGACAUGUUACUGGAACAUGGCAUUACUUUGGUCAUUAACGUAAAGUCACAAGUUUUAGAACGAAUCAGUCGGAUGACUCAAGGUGAUUUAGUGAUGUCAAUGGACCAGCUACUCACAAAACCACACUUGGGCACUUGUCACAAAUUUUAUAUGCAGAUAUUUCAGUUGCCUAAUGAACAAACCAAAACACUGAUGUUUUUUGAAGGCUGCCUGCAGCACCUAGGCUGUACAAUCAAGCUCAGAGGAGGCUCUGAUUAUGAACUGGCUCGAGUCAAGGAGAUCCUAAUAUUUAUGAUCUGUGUAGCCUAUCAUUCUCAACUAGAAAUCUCCUUCCUCAUGGAUGAAUUUGCUAUGCCUCCCACAUUAAUGCAAAGUCCUUCAUUCCAUUCUCUGAUUGAGGGACAGGAGGAAGAUGGGGCUGUGCAGGAGCAGUAUAGCAGAACCUCCCUUCCCCGGGAUCCUGACUACCCUCCUGAGUUUCUGCCCUCUGAUGAUAACACUUUGCUGGAAUCCAGGAUUAUGUUUGAGAAGGGUGAGCAGGAAAAUAAAAGUAUUCCACAGACUGUUGCCUCUUUGAAGCAUCAAGAGUAUGCCACCUCUGCUUGCCCAGCUGGUGUCCCCUGUGCUCUUUUCCAUUUGGUACCAGAAUCAUUGUUGCCACUUCAUGUGGACGAACAGGAUGCUGUCAGCAAUCAACAGCCAGAGAUUUUGCAGCAAAUAGAUGAGCAAGAUCCCAAAAGCCAGAUGAGAACCUUUAGAGACCCUCUACAGGAUGACACUGGAUUAUAUGUUACUGAGGAAGUUACCCCCUCUGAAGAUAAACGAAAGACUUAUUCUUUGGCCUUUAAACAGGAGUUAAAAGAUGUGAUCCUUUGUAUCUCCCCAGUAAUCACAUUCCGGGAACCUUUCCUUUUAACUGAGAAGGGCAUGAGAUGCUCUACUCGAGAUUAUUUUCCAGAGCAGAUUUACUGGUCUCCUCUUCUCAAUAAAGAAUUCAAAGAAAUGGAGAGCAGGAGGAAGAAACAGCUGCUCAGGGAUCUCUCUGGGUUUCAGGGCAUAAAUGGAAGUAUUCAGGCCAAGUCGAUUCAAGUCUUGCCCUCGCAUGAGCUAGUGAGCACUAGGAUUGCUGAGCAUCUAGGUGAUAGCCAGAGCUUGGGUAGAAUGCUGGCUGAUUAUCGAGCCAGAGGAGGAAGAAUUCAGUCAAAACAUUCAGACCCUUUUGCUCACUCAAAGGAUGCAUCUGGUACUGCCAGUGGCAAAUCAGGAAGCAAAACUGAGAGUGAUGAAGAGAGAGGGCCAAUUCCAGGUGAUGCAUUGUGGUCCACAAAGGUGGACUGUCUGAAUCCUGCUAACCAUCAAAGACUGUGUGUGCUUUUUAGCAGCUCAUCCGCCCAGUCCAGCAAUGCUCCCAGUGCCUGUGUCAGUCCUUGGAUUGUAACAAUGGAAUUUUAUGGGAAGAAUGAUCUUACAUUAGGAAUAUUUUUAGAGAGAUAUUGUUUCAGGCCUUCUUAUCAGUGCCCUAGCAUGUUCUGCGAUACUCCUAUGGUGCAUCACAUUCGGCGCUUUGUCCAUGGGCAAGGCUGUGUGCAGAUAAUCCUUAAGGAGUUGGAUUCUCCAGUACCUGGAUAUCAACAUACAAUUCUCACGUAUUCCUGGUGCAGAAUCUGCAAACAGGUAACACCAGUUGUUGCUCUUUCCAAUGAAUCCUGGUCUAUGUCAUUUGCAAAGUACCUUGAACUUAGAUUUUAUGGGCACCAGUACACACGUAGAGCCAAUGCUGAGCCAUGUGGUCACUCUAUUCAUCAUGAUUAUCACCAGUAUUUUUCUUAUAACCAGAUGGUGGCAUCUUUCAGUUAUUCUCCCAUUCGGCUCCUUGAAGUAUGUGUUCCACUCCCUAAAAUAUUCAUUAAGCGCCAGGCCCCAUUAAAGGUGUCCCUUCUUCAGGACCUUAAGGACUUCUUUCAGAAAGUUUCACAGGUAUAUCUAGCUGUUGACGAAAGACUUGCAUCUUUGAAAACUGAUACAUUUAGCAAAACAAGAGAGGAUAAAAUGGAAGAUAUCUUUGCACAAAAAGAGAUGGAAGAAGGUGAGUUCAAGAACUGGAUUGAAAAGAUGCAAGCAAGGCUCAUGUCUUCCUCUGUAGACACUCCUCAGCAACUGCAGUCAGUCUUUGAGUCACUUAUUGCCAAGAAACAAAGUCUUUGUGAAGUUCUGCAAGCUUGGAAUAACAGGUUGCAGGACCUUUUUCAGCAGGAAAAAGGUAGAAAGAGACCUUCAGUUCCUCCAAGUCCUGGAAGACUGAGACAAGGAGAAGAAAGCAAGAUAAAUACAAUGGAUGCGUCUCCACGGAAUAUUUCUCCAGGACUUCAAAAUGGGGAGAAAGAGGAUCGUUUCUUGACAACACUGUCAAGCCAAAGUUCUACCAGUUCUACUCAUCUCCAGUUGCCUACUUCACCUGAAGUCAUGACUGAGCAGUCAGUGGGAGGCCCACCUGAACUAGAUACAGCCAGUGGUUCCGAAGAUGUGUUUGAUGGACAUUUGCUGGGAUCCACAGACAGCCAGGUGAAAGAGAAGUCAACCAUGAAAGCCAUCUUUGCAAAUUUGCUUCCAGGAAAUAGCUAUAAUCCUAUUCCAUUUCCUUUUGAUCCAGAUAAACACUACUUAAUGUAUGAACAUGAACGGGUGCCCAUUGCAGUCUGUGAGAAAGAACCCAGCUCCAUCAUUGCUUUUGCUCUCAGUUGUAAAGAAUACCGAAAUGCCUUAGAAGAAUUGUCUAAAGCAACUCUGUGGAACAGUGCUGAAGAAGGGCUUCCAACAAAUAGUAUUUUAGACAGCAGGCCAAAGAGUAGCAGCCCUAUUAGAUUACCUGAAAUUAGUGGAGGACAGACCAGCCGCACAGCAGAAGCAGAAUCACAACCAACCAAAAAGGCUUCUGGAAUGUUGUCCUUCUUCAGAGGGACAGCAGGCAAAAGCCCUGAUCUCUCUUCCCAGAAGAGAGAGACCUUACGUGGAGCAGAUAGUGCUUACUACCAGGUUGGACAGACGGGAAAGGAGGGGACGGAGAAUCAAGGCAUUGAGCCUCAAGAUGAGGUAGAUGGAGGAGAUCCACAAAAGAAACAAUUCACAAAUCCUCACGUUGAACUGCAAUUUUCUGAUGCUAAUGCCAAAUUUUAUUGUCGACUGUACUACGCUGGAGAGUUUCAUAAGAUGCGUGAAGUGAUUCUGGGCAGCAGUGAGGAAGAUUUCAUUCGUUCCCUUUCCCACUCAUCACCCUGGCAGGCCCGAGGAGGCAAAUCAGGAGCUGCUUUCUAUGCAACUGAAGAUGAUAGAUUCAUUUUGAAGCAGAUGCCUCGUCUGGAAGUCCAGUCUUUCCUUGACUUUGCGCCACACUACUUCAAUUAUAUUACAAAUGCCGUUCAACAAAAGAGACCCACUGCCUUAGCCAAAAUUCUUGGAGUUUAUAGAAUUGGUUAUAAGAACUCUCAGAACAACACAGAAAAGAAGUUAGAUCUUCUUGUCAUGGAAAAUCUUUUCUAUGGGAGAAAGAUGGCACAGGUGUUCGAUUUGAAGGGUUCACUUAGGAAUCGAAAUGUAAAAACUGACACUGGAAAAGAGAGUUGUGAUGUGGUCCUGCUGGAUGAAAACCUCUUGAAGAUGGUUCGAGACAACCCUUUGUAUAUUCGUUCUCAUUCCAAAGCUGUUCUGAGAACUUCCAUCCAUAGUGACUCCCACUUCCUUUCUAGCCACCUCAUUAUAGAUUAUUCUUUGCUGGUUGGGCGAGAUGAUACUAGCAAUGAGCUGGUAGUUGGAAUUAUAGAUUAUAUUCGAACAUUUACAUGGGACAAAAAGCUUGAGAUGGUGGUGAAAUCAACAGGAAUUUUAGGAGGACAAGGUAAAAUGCCAACUGUGGUCUCUCCAGAGUUGUAUAGGACUAGAUUUUGUGAAGCAAUGGACAAAUAUUUCCUGAUGGUGCCAGACCACUGGACAGGAUUGGACCUGAACUGUUGAAAUCAAGCACAUUUCUUGAAGUAGCCUGUGAAAGAAAACAGUCAGGAACAAGAGACCAAAAAUAAGUGACAUGUUUUAUUUCUUCAUCCCAUUCACCUGUGUCCAGAAGUCCUUUUAGUUCUUUGGCUCUUUAGAUCGUCCAUGUCUGAAGGGUAAAAAUUUCCUUCGAUUUGCACUUUGGAUUUUGAUACCUGUGAAUUAGUAGUCUGGAAGUUGCAUGAACAUUUCCUCACUUAAGCUGGAAUACAGAUCAUUUCAAAGAGCUCAGAUUAGAGAUGAGUCAAUGGUGUGAGAAACUGAGUUGUAUUUGUUAACUUAAUUGGAGAAGAAAAACCAUGUCUUAUAGAUUGUGACUAUCUUGGCCUUACAGUUGACACAUUCUUUCCUUAAAAGGCAUUUGUAGUACUGCUGAAUUUAAUGUUACCUAUUGUCAGGAUUUCUGAAAACUUUAAGAAAAAUUUUGAUUUACUCCUCUAGUGGCCAGGUAAGCAGGUUUGCAUUUUUUGAAGAAUUUAACUUAAAUCACGAAUCCUGUCUGAAUAUUCUGUGUCUUCCCAAUUUACCUUGUUUUCAAGUGUUCAAUUUUAUAAUUCUGCCUUCUCUAUUGGUGACAAGAGGAUGCAGCCAUUAACUUAAAGUCCUUUUUAGAGUACUUCUUAAGCUUGUUUAAAACUUUUGACUAAUCAUUAUGUUAAACUCCACUCAUCUUUGUAUGUUCAUAUUUUAGGUCUUGCCACCCCCCCUUAUUUUAGGGAAAUAGUCAUCAUUAGUAAAUUGGUCUGGAAUAAUUGAAUUUCUAAAGGAAGAAUUAUUAACACAGGAAUUUUAUGAGUAUAAAAAAUAAAUUAGAUCCAAUCCAAGAAAUUGGGUGAGAAGGAAACACUUGGUUGCUUUAUAUAGGGGUGAAGUAUCUUUCAGUAUAACCAGCAAGUUCAGUGGCAUUUAUUUCCAGGACAUUCCCAUUUUCCAGUUUUCUACACACUGUUUAGUUCUGCUCCUGAGACAUACUAAGAGAAAGUUAUCUUACUAAGGAGCUUCUUUUUUAAUGGCCAGUUAUUUUGUUUGUUUUAAAAAGUGAUUCGGAGUAUUCAACUUUGAGGAAAUUCUGAUCCCAGAAUGUUUCUUUUUUUGGCUUCUUUCUGUCAUGAGAACAAUUUAGGGAUUUGUAAAAUUUUUAGAAUUUCAUUCUUUUUCAGACUUCCUAUAAUAAUAGUACAUUAAUUUUCACAUAAAAAAAAAAGAAAGCAAGAUGCAUUCAGUUACAGUAUGGUAAGUACAUGAAUGGGAACAUUUUGGAAAGCUUGCUUUAAAGAAUGAAAGCAUUGGUUUGUAUUUGGUGCUUAUUAAAAAUAUAGUUAAUUUUGAACUAGAAGCAAGUUGGCCAAGGACUUGAGACUUAUCUGAUGCUAAGCUUCCUCUCCCACUUAAAUAUGUAUAUGUGCCUUUUGAAGUUACACAAAACACUGAUGAUUUUAGUUUUGAUACAGAAGACUAGUAAAGGAGUUGUGUAGACAUGGAAGAUGUGUGGAAGAUGAUUAAAUUUUUAUGUGUUUAGGGAAAAGAGAUUUUGUGUCUGAUUUGAAAUACCAGUACGGUUUUGUCUCUGUUUAUUUUUCCUAUCAGGACACAUAGGGUUAUUUAUCCUGUCAAUUUCCCGUAGAAGUGAAAGAUGUCCCCCACUAACCAUUCUUUUAGUUUCAAUACCAUGUACACAACUGGAACGCUCCAUGGGAAUAGCUCCUGACAAUAAUGUGGCAUACUGAUUUUUCUUUACCUUGCUCAUGACUUUAAAAAUCAUUUUUUAAAGUACUCCUGCCUAAUGGGUAAUUUGGUGGUUAAACAUUCUGAAGCAAGAGUUGCUGCUUUGUAAGGACACUUUGUCCUUAUAAAAUUAAUGUCUGAGCUGUAUUCAUGAAGGGAAAAUGCACAAUUUAACUGUUUGGUUCCUUCCUGUUCCUCUUUAUGCCACUAUUAGAUAUAUAAGGUGUUUCAAAUUACUAUGCCGGUCAAUUUCAGCAUUGAGUGACUAUUUUCCUUUCUUGAAUUCCCUUUCUAUAUUAAUGCUGAAAAGUUAGAAAUUAGGAAGAAAUCUUAGUAUUUCCUUCCUGAGAAUACAGUAUGAAUCCUAAAAAUAAUUGAUAGUAGCAUGAGAGAACUAUGUCAACAUGUUGCUUUGUAUAAAAAUCUCAUUUAUAAAUUUGAAGCUUUUUGAUUCCAUCAAAAUAUAUUUGAAAAAUAGAAAGGAUUUACUUUUUUUCUUAGCCUAAGAAAAAUAAGGGGAAUAAGCUAAGUCCUUUUGUAGUCUGUUGAAUACCUUAAAUUUAUAGAUAAUCAAAAUUUCCUACAGAAUGUCUUAUAAUUUUUUUCUUGAUUUAGUAGUGAGUGGUUUUCUAGCUUGGCUUUUAUUGAGUAUUGUAAAUAGUAGGGUCAUAUUGGCAUCUUUUGUGAUGGCUUUGUGGUCAUCAGAUCUUGACAUUUUGCCCAUUACCAGUGGACUUGAAUGAAACUUCCAAGGAGAAUAUAUCUUCCUAAAGAAAGUUGGCUCAGUUUAAAGAGUAAAAAUCAGUGUGAUCAAUGAGCCUGGUGGAAAAUCAGAUCAGGCCAUUCAUUAUCCUGCAAGUGUUAACACUGACUUAUGCAGUAUUCAUACCAUCUAGUGCAAUGGCUUUCUUUUCUUUUCUUUGGUAACACAGGUGCAGUGUAUUAUAGAAAAAAUAGAAAUUACAAAUCAUGAACAGUUUUAUUAAUACUACUGUGUCUGUUUUGUAAAAUACAAGUGUAUAUUAUGUCUUUUGACAGGUUGAAUUUUAAACUAGAGAAAUAAUGUUGUAAAUCAUAAUAGCUACUUUUAAUUUAAUAUGAAAAACUCAUUUAACAAUAUUGAAAGUACUUAAUGUAUUAUAAUGUAUAUAUUUCUCUACUUUGGUUCCAGCUGUUUUAUAUGAUUGACAUGUUAUUUAAAAGAUAACUGCCUUGACCUUUUAGAGACUUGUACUGUAAAUAAAGAAGACUUAUAAUAAGCUGCAAUCUGCUUACUCA